CCACCAUACUAAUCGACACAGACACUAAUCCAGCUCUUCUAUAAAGCCUUUCUCCUCUGCUCAGGAGGGGGAGAGAGAGAGGACGGGAGAGGAGUUUAGGAUAAAGACGGUAAGGCAAUCAUAGAGGGACAUGACUGCUUGAUGUGCAGGGACAUUUCAGAGCUCGAUUGGAGUAUCAGUUUGCAGUAUUUUUCCUAUUGUGUCUGCCAUUAACCCAGAGGUACAGGCCUUCAUUGAGCACUGCACUCUCAGGCAUCGCACUGGACGGACGGUGCCCCCCGAUGGGGCCUGUGGAGGGGCAGUGCUGUGGGAGCUGCCCCUCUCUGCCCCCUAUUAUCAUACCAGGCAUGAGCAGCGUGGAGCUCUGCACCAGCCAGGAGGACGACUGCCUUCCCACAGAUGGAGGGAUGGGGUACCCAGAAGCCCAGGCCAUGGAUGAGUUUCCAACACAGAGAAAAGGGGACAGGGUGCCCUUUCAGAUCUUCCCAGAUCCAGUAGAAGUAGUUUUGAGUACUGAAGGCACUCUGACCUGUGUGCCGCAGGGGAAGGAGCGUCUCCCGUCCAUUGUGGUGGAGCCUACUGAUGUCAGUGAGGUGGAGAGUGGUGAGCUGCGCUGGCCCCCAGAAGACAUGGACUUCGAUGAAGAUGAAGAUCUGUUUUUGGAGCAGUGCAUCCCACCUGCUAACAUCGCCGACUGGGGAGAGGAUGAAGAAGAGAGCUCUGUUAUUGAAAACCACCAGCAGACCACUUCUCUGUUAGAUCUUCAAACAGAUGACUUUAGGGACGACACCCCGACUCUACCUCCAGAGAGUGCUUCACCUCUGAACUGAUGCCCACUGAACCCGUCCUGUUCUCAGGGUCUAACUUUAGAUCACGACGUGUUGAACCUGUGCUGCCACAUCUCAUGUAAAUGACUAUAGGACGCUUUCCUGAAUCGCAGCUUACAGAAGAACUAAUUGGACCAUGCAACUCUGAUUUGGGUCUGACUGUGGUCACACAUCAACACAAGAUUCAACUGACACUUUUAGUACAGAAAAGAGAGCAACGGCAACUUGUGAAGACUGUAGUCAUCGUGAAAUUAUAUAUUGUAAACUAGUAGCUCAUAAAGUCAUAGGUUAAUUUACUGCUCAUCAGUUGUUUUCCCAUUACUGACCUAUAUCUAGGAACAUUUCUCGACAGUUGUCUUUUUAACUGCAAAAAAUAGUUUUUUGGGUUUAAACCAGUCAGCAUUUUCCCAUUCCCCUUUAUCAUGCAAAUCUGAAAAAUGCAGAGGAAAAAAAAAGGAAGGAACAUUACUGAAACAUGAUUUUUUUUGUGAAGUUACACGCUCUUAUUUGUGGCAGAGUAUGUUAUGGAGAAGUUGAAAAAUGCUUUGAAAGUAAAGUUUUAUUUUGUACUGCAUUUAUCCCCUUUUUCUUUUACCCAUGUCAGUUUUUGUGUUGAUGUAUUUCAGUCAUGUCCAAAGUACAUUUUAACCAUCAAGUGCACCUCUGAAUAGAAAGAAAAUCUUCAAACAGUGCAGUGUAUUGUGUAUGUUUUAUACCAAACUGAAAAACAACAAAGUUUUACUCUGUAAUGUUUUCCAAAGCAACUUUGUGAAGCAUUUCUCUUUGCAAUAUGUACAUACAAUGUUUUUCCUCAAAUGAUUAUUACCAAAUGAAAACCAUUUAAAGCAAUAAAACACAUCAGUGCCACUACUGAAAAUCA